GCCAGUAUGACUAAAGGCUCAUCUUCCGCAGGCACGGGCUCCAGCUCCGGCUCCAGCUCCGGUGCCUCUGGCUAUACCACCACCGGCUCCGGCACAAACAGCCAGGGCAACCACUACUGCUCCCGCGACUACGGCUCCGGUGCAUCAAACUCAAACUCGUACCACUACUCCAACACUAACGGCUCCUACUACUACUCCAACCCUAACGGCUCAACUUACUAUAAUGACGGCAAUGGUGGCGCCAGGUACAAUUCCGGAAAUUAGAGGCCAAGCGUACCUGCACUGCUUGGGGACGACCUUUGCGUAGGAUGUAUCGCAUCUUUUUUGAUGGUAUUACCAUAUAGAAAGAUACAAUCGAGACUUCAUCGU